GUGGCCACUCGGUCCAUGUAGCGUCAGUCCCUCCGCGCAGAUCCCGGAUGGAGCGGCCAUUGGGCGGAAGUGAACAGAGGUGCACAAUAACUGCGGGCUAGGAGGAGGAAAAAAUAUAAUAUACACUUUGAAAUAAAUUUACACUCGGCGUGUGACAGCAUUGGAUUAAACCCCAAAACCGCGGACCCUCUGAUACUCUCGGAAACAUCCUCAGGCUGGACUUCUAGUGCACUCGAGAGGACCGGAUCGCCGGAGUCAAGUCGUGGAACUUGGUGAAAAAAAGCGCAGUUCAGCCUGCACGGAGCCGAGAGGAACCCACAGGCUUCGGGUUACGCCGAGCACUCUCGCUGCUGCUUCUUUUUUCUUUGCAAGACUCUUGCUGAAUCUAAAGAGGCCCUCUUGAUGAAUUAUGUCUACCAGCAGUAUUGACCCACAGACAUCCAAAGGACAAGACGCUAAAGUGCAAAAUGGCUCUCUUCAUCAGAAGGAAACGGUCCACGACAAUGACUUUGAACCAUACCUCACUGGCCAGUCUAAUCCGAAUAACAGUUACCAAUCAAUGACCGACCCAUACCUGUCUAGCUACUAUGCCCCCUCGAUUGGGUUCCCGUACCCCCUCAGCGAGGCCCCCUGGUCCACCGGCGGAGAUCCGCCAAUCCCGUACCUCACUCCAUAUGCCCCCCUCAGCAAUGGGGAUCAUCACUUCAUGCAUGACACUGUGUUCGGACAGCCAGGUGGUCUGGGAAGUAGCAUCUAUCCACACCGCUUUAACUUUUUCCCUGAAAACCCAGCAUUUUCCGCCUGGGGUACAAGCGGCUCCCAAGGCCAGCAGACUCAGAGUUCUGCAUACGGGGGCAGUUACAGUUACCCACCCAGUUCAUUAGGUGGCACCCUGGUACCCGACGGGCAAACAGGCUUCCCAAGCGACACCCUGAAUAAGGCGCCAGGUAUGAAUAGUUUAGAGCAGGGCAUGGUAGGGUUGAAGAUUGGCGGUGAUGUGACUGGAGGUGGUUCUGGAGUGAAGACGGUGGGCUCGGUGAUUGGUGGAGGGCCGGUGGCGGCAGCUGUGGCCACGGGUAAUGGUGGGACUCCAAUCGGGAUGCCUCCUCCCAAACCCACGUCUUGGGCAGCCAUUGCCAGCAAACCAGCCAAGCCUCAGCAACUGAAAGUGAAGAGCAAGCUGGGGAUGCCCAUGGCUGGAGGCACCCUGCCCCCACCACCCAUCAAACACAACAUGGACAUUGGCACCUGGGAUAAUAAGGGGCCUGUGACUAAAGUAGCCUCACCACUGCCACCCCACCACCAGCAGCAGCCUCCGCUCCACUCCCAGGGUCACUUACCACCUCACCAUCAUGGGCUCCCGCCCCCACCUCAGCCCCCUAUGCCGUCUGCCCAAUCGCUUGCUCAACAGAUGGUGAUGCAGGGUCCGCCCCCUCCACAGCCUUACCAGAACCACACCCCUGCUCCUCCCCCUCAAACCCGGUGGAUUGCCCCACGUAACCGUAACCCUGGUUAUGGUGGGGGUGGCAGCAUGGACAGUAGUGGCUCAUCAAGCGGUGGAGGAAUCGGCAAUGGUGGUGGCGGCGGACCUCCGGGUUCCGGUGCUAUUGAAUCCCACCCGGUCCUUGAAAAGUUGCGUGCGGCGCACAGCUACAAUCCCAAGGACUUUGAUUGGAACCUGAAAAAUGGCCGGGUUUUCAUCAUUAAGAGCUACUCGGAGGACGACAUCCACCGCUCCAUCAAGUACUCCAUCUGGUGCAGCACGGAACAUGGUAACAAGCGGCUGGAUUCUGCAUUUCGCGGCAUCAACGGCAAGGGUCCUGUCUAUCUGCUGUUCAGCGUCAACGGCAGCGGACACUUCUGCGGCGUGGCAGAGAUGCGCUCACCUGUAGACUACGGCACCAGCGCCGGCGUUUGGGCGCAGGACAAAUGGAAGGGCAAAUUUGAUGUGGACUGGCUGUUUGUUAAAGACGUGCCCAACAGCCAGCUCAGGCACAUCCGUCUAGAGAACAAUGACAACAAGCCCGUGACCAACUCCCGUGACACGCAGGAGGUGCCUCUGGAGAAGGCCAAGCAGGUGCUGAAGAUCAUCGCCACCUACAAACACACCACCUCCAUCUUCGAUGACUUCUCACACUACGAGAAACGGCAGGAAGAGGAAGAGGUGGUAAGAAAGACAGCACCUAGAGCCUGCUCCUCUCCAGAACCGAUCCCGACUUGAUCAAGAACGCCAGAACCGAAAUAAACAAUAGAAGGCUGCCCCCUACAUAUGAUGAGCAGUUGUUUUAGGACUGACCGUUUGGAAAUUACAUUUAAAGAGGACACAAGAUGAAAUUUCAAAAAAAAAAUAAACAAUCAUUAUGUUUUUCUAUUUAAUUCUGGUGACUUCAGCCAGCAUCAGACUCGAGCCUCUGCGCCUCCGGCUUCACCUGUGGGGGCUGAAGUCGAUUAGCACCUCUCAACGCCGCGUCAUCAUUUGAUUUAUUUAGAAUUUUUUUUCUGUGUUCUGUUGUUUGGUAUUGUUUUCAUACAACCCCCCCCCCCCAUUUGACCAACUGAUAUCUGCACAAGUCUUUUAUUUCAUCCUGUAUUUUUGUUUUUCUUCAGCCCCACUGCUCCACAUCAUGCCCUUGAGAGUUGGUUAAAUGAAUAGUUAGUUAAUUCUGUGUAUGUAUGUAUGUGUGUGUGUCAGGGAUGAUGGCGGAGUGUAUGUUAAUCAUGUGAUAUGGCAGAGGUAAGGGAGUGGGGGGUGUUCAGACUCCGCUUUGGUUGAGUGGGGGGGGGGGUGCAUCUCCAGCAUCAGUGACUGUAAUGGGCCAGUUUUAUGUUCUUUAGAUCCAGAGUGGUUUGAAUCCCAUUCGUGGAGAAUCGUGCAACUGCAUAGAAGGGACAAUGACAUGUCUUGACAUGAGAUGAUGUUAUAAAAAAAAAACCUUUUUGAAUUAUGUAACACU